AUGUCAGCCACCUCAGUUACAUCUGUCAUCUCUGGAAACAACAACAAGCUGACUGCAGAGAACCAGAAGCUGGAAACCAACCUGACAAAGGAAUAUAAUGACUCAGAAAUGAAGAUCAAGAAACUAACUGCAGAGAACCAGCAGCUGAAGACACAAAACCAGGAGCUGAAGACACUAAACAUCUUAAUAGAACAAAUACGAAAAAUAAAGAAAUGUAAUACUGUCACCCAGCGGAUCAUUGAUGCCUACUGCCCAAUAAAAGAUGGAAGUAAUAAUGUUGUUUAUUUGUUGGCUUCUCUUAUUUCAGACAGACAGUGUGGACCUUGUCUGCAGGGCUGGCUGCACCACCAGUCCAGCUGUUAUGGAGUCUAUAACCCUAAUACUGCUGGUCAGAAAACCUGGGAGGAAGCUCAAGAGAACUGCAGACGAAAGAAAUCAGACUUGGCUGUAAUAGUUAAUGAAGAUGAAAAGAAAUUCAUCAGUGAUAACAGUUGGGGAAGUUCAGGAUUCACAGGCUACUGGAUUGGACUGAGAGCUGAAGCAGAUAAAUGGAAGUGGAUCGAUGGAAGUGAUCUGACUGAAAGAUCCUGGAUGACACAACCUGCUGCCAACAGCGCCUGUGCAAUUUCUGUCUAUAACCAAGGAUGGAGACCAGUGUGGUGUGAAAUCAAAAGCAGUUGGAUCUGCAAAAAGGCGGCUUUAUCUGUUUAAACAGUGAGAAGCCACACAUGAGAAGGUUACUGGAUACUCUGUAAAGAUUAAUAACAUGUAAGAUCAUAUCAACUGGAUUGUAAAUAUCAAUACAAAGACUUUUUAUUGAGAAUGUGGGAUUUUUUUCUCAAAGCUAUUCAUGUAUAUGCUGUGUGUGUGUGUGUGUGUGUGUGU